AUGGAAAAGAAGAGCCUCCCGAAUGAUCCACAUUCAUUUGAUAUUGGUAAGAAAGGGUUUCUGAGCUACGAGGAAUACAGAGGAUAUUGCCUGAGUAUACUCAAACAACCGCUGGGAAAAAAGAAGAUGGGAAACAGAAUAGAAUAUAAUGCAGUAGAGUUUGCGUCAUGCGAUACAGAGAUUAGCGGUGUGUUUGACUUUCUCUCCUCAGGAGAGGAUUGCAUCUCCUUCCAAACACUGAAAAAGGCCACGUCCAAGCUUGACAUGAACAUCCCAGACGAAGAUAUAUCAAUAAUGAUAGACAUGUUCAACUCCGAUGGACUAAUAUCCAAAGAGCUGUUUUCAAGAUCAUUUGAAUGA